AUGACUGCAUGGCGAAACGACUUCAGCGAAGAGGAUCUUCACAACUUGUUCAUGAGCGAUGUUUUCAAUCCUGACGAUAGCGUCGAGUCGGUGAAGCGUCUACUGUUGCGUGUAGCAGUGAGGCUUAUUAGUACUGGUAUUGACUCUUUCCACCCCACAGUAACCCACUUAGCAACAUCCAACAAGAGUAUCACGCCUACUCUUCGUCGUGCUGGCGACACCUUGGAGGAAAAUAUCAAAGCGGUAAAGCAGCACGGAGUGGAGCCCCACACCCUGGGAAGUUUCUCAUUGAAGAAACGUUCAACAUCUUCCCAUUUGAGCAGUGAAGGGUGCUUUGAUCCCAUCACCGUCCUGGAACAGGAUAUCCUCAGCAUCGGCGCAUUGGAUCUCGCAGCGACCUUGGAGCGUCAUCAGCAACUGAGGAUGCUCCAAAAGCGCAAGCGGACAAGCAGCGAUGCGGCCGAGAAAACAAAUCGAACAGUUCCGUUUAAUACCAUGGAGCAUGGAGUGAAGCAUUCUUCGCGCGACACCAAACCCAGCCGUUUGACUUUCGUUGGAACUGAUCACUACAACCGCUUGAGGAGGCGACGGCCGCCCUCGAGCUGCGGGCUUCCUCUGAGUCCAUCGCCCAACCCCCACAGUCCGUUAUCGAGUCCUUCAAAGCGCUUCUACCGCACUCCUAGCAUAAAGAAAGCUGAAGCUAAGCGUACCGAGAAUGCAUGCAGUAGUGACUGCUGGGCCUCCGUUGAAAAGGAUCUUCAGUCAAUCUAUCGUACUUGGACUGAGACUCGGCCUUUUCCAGACAUCGAAAAAAUUAUCGAGGAUGAAUCGCUAUCGCUCACCCUACUGGUCUCAUCUGAAUAUAAACCAUUCUCAUCCGACAGUAUCCGAAGUUCGCUGAAACCGCUCCAAGCACUAGCGCCAGGUACGGGCCCGGAUGAAAAAUCUGACACAAACGUCUUCCCAAAGGCAGUUGAGCUGCCUCGGAUCAAAGACGGAAGCAAUCGGGUAACAACCGGAGUCUUACGUGCUCUCCGCACAGCAAUCCCGAAACCGGACCGCAAAGAGCUGAACGCGGCGUCGAAUCCAAAGCUUCUCGGAGAGAGUCUAGAAUCUAUAGACUUCUCGCUGUCCGUUUUGCAGACAUGCCGCAAAUGGGAAGUGCACACAGAUCUUGGCAUGGAGUGUGUCGCUCGAGCACUCCGCCUGUCGGUGGAGAUAGCUCUUGUGGACGAAUUCCUCAGUUCGGCGCUAAAGCUCUUCACGAAGCUCAAGGACACCGAAAGGGAUAGAGCCAGCAACCAUAUAACUGUUGCAUACCUCCUUGCGUUCCUGUACAAACGAUUCGAAGAAGCUCAGUCAACCGAGUUAGGGCCGUCGAAUAAGCAAGCAUGGGAGAGAGUAAACUCUCAAAUUUCCGAGCUUUUAUUUAGCCUCCAAUGUCUCAUCACCGUCCCGGACGCAAACUCGACCCCUAGGAUCCCUUACGAGCGCUCGUCAUACUUUGAGGGCGUUGAGAUGACCGCUACAUUGCGUGGCAACCAAGUAGAGAGUGGCAGUUCUUCAACGGCUCAUGACGUUACCCAAGACGACGGCGGAUCUUUCGAUGCAUGUUUGACUGCGCAUGUUCAAGGAAUUCAGCAGCUUGUGCCAUUGUAUCUGCUAUGCUCUGUAGCAUGCGAUAAGAUUAAGGACAACUAG